AUGGGUAUUGAAGCAAAAGAUUUCAGUCUUGAUUUAGACUUAUUGGCUUACAGUGGUAUUGUCUUUAGUCCAGAACAACGUGCUGCAUUACAAACAUCACUUGUUAUUCUUAAAGAACAAUAUAAAUUUAAAACUAUUCAUUUAUGGGGUAAAAUAUUGGGUAUAACAGAAGAUUAUUUUAUUGUACAAGGUCGUCAAAAAGAUGAACUUAAAGAUCGACAAUUUCUUUACAGUUUGGAUUGUAUCAAUUGGAAUAUGUUAACACCAGCAAGUGAUGAUGCAAAAGAAUUAGCAUCACAAUGUCAAGGACGUUUUACAGGUGAUCCAUCACAUGAAUUUGAAGUAACAAAAUAUCAUAUAACAAAUGAAGAUACAGAAGAAGAAAAUAUUGAAGAAUAUAAAUCUCAAUUACGUGAAGAAGAACGAUUAGCUGCAACAUUAUGGAAAAUUGAACAAGAUGCCUUAAUUAUUCCACGUGGUUCAUAUAUUCUUCAACCAAAUGGUAAUGUAGAACGAAAUCGUACAUUUGAAGGAUUAACAAUAACAGAAAGUGGCAAAUUAUCGAAUUAUUUUCAUUUUCGUCCACCGAUUCGUCUUGAACAAAAAAGUCUUGUACAUCGAGCAACUCUCGAUAAAAGUCUUCAUUUUCUUGAUACCAUUGAUGAAGAUAUACCAAAAGGUUGGAGUGUACAAUACGAACGUGGCAGUGGAUUAGUACAAAUUCGUAGCCUCAAAUGGCUUGGUAUGGCGUUUUUCCAUAUACCAGAAACCAAUCGUUUUGGUUCACUCUAUUGUGGCAUUGGUGAAGAAAACAAAGAUUUACCAUUUAUGAUUUAA